AUAGCAACUGUCAAAGGAAAAAACGAGCGAAAACGCAAAAGUUCCAUGGCUUGCAAUUUAAUUUGUUUAAAUAUCAAGUUUGAGUGCAUUAUUUUUAAUAAGGAUUGUGUAUUUUAUUAAUAUUUUGAGUAAUAGGACAUAUAAAAUUGUGUAUGAGUGCUGGAAACGACUGUUAAAUGUUUGUUAUUGGUACGCGUCAUGCCCCCGCGUAUUAGAACGCGAGCUUCUAAAGCUCUAAAAGAAAACAUUGACAUCACGGAAAACAAAUUGAAGCCUGCAAAAACUAACACAAAAGCUCCACGAAAACCUUUGGCAGACAAAACUAAUUCCGCGUCAGAUGAUCCGUCGUUAGAAAUCCCGACAAAGGUUAAGAAGACAAGUUCAAACAAGAAUGGAGAAAAGAAAGCGGCCGAAACGAAGAAGAAACAAACUGUUAAACAUAAAGAUAACGUUAAACCUAAUGAAAACGUGAAACCUACCAAUGAAGGACGGCCACGAAGGGAGAGAAAAUUGCCGAAUCGGUUUGUAGAGAAUGUUAUUUUGAAAAAUUUAUCUAACAGCAAGGAAAGUCCAAAUGUGACCGUUAACAGUUCAACAACUACACUAACCACUGAGAAAACGCCAGUGAAGAAAACGAGUGUAUCUAAAAAUGAUAUAACAGAACCCUCUCCGUUCAAGACACCAUCAAAAGUUGAUAGUAGCUUAUUUGCUAGCCGUCCCACUAGGAUAUGCCGCUUACCAUCACGUUUGGAAGAUCAUUCUGUUAGUCCUCACAAGUACAUACCAAUACUACCUGCACAUGCCAGCACACCCAUACAGCCAAGUAAAGCAAGACCUAUUGUACUUAUAAACAAGAAUGAAAUAACAUGCCAUAAUGUAGAUAAGAAUCUAGAAACAAAAGCAACAAAAACUAGGCCAAACAGAUUAGCCAAAUUAAAUGCACAAAAGAAAUCGAGUGACAAAACACCUGAGAAAAGUAGCCCUGAUGGUAACAACAAUGCUAAAGGCAGAACUAGAAAGAAAGCAACGAAAAUUCAGCCCCCUGCUACUAAGAAAUCUCCAGAUAAGAUAAAACAAUCACCAAUUCGCAAAUUCCUUACACCCAUGGCAAAAUUCCAAUCAUCAUUAAACAAAACACAAUCACCAGCCAAGAAAAGUAGUCCAAAACAAUCUGCCAACAAGAAGACAGACAAAAAUCUAUCAUUCAAACUACUUGGAAGCAAGAAAAAGUCACAAGAAACUGAGAAUAAGGACCAGGAUGUCUAUGAAUUUACUUUUGACCCAAAUGAAGAACCAAAACCUCAGAAGAAGAAACGUAAAAGAAUUGUUACAAAGAAAUCUGCACCUACACCUAACCCUAGGAAAGUUGUUUGCAAAAGCACUUAUGAUAAAAAUAUAAAAAAAGCAUUAGCAGCAUUGAAGAAUGCUAUUCAGCCUGCCAAAACUACAGCAGCACCUAAGCUACCACAAAUUACAGAGAAUACUGAACAAGCAGAGAAUGUUCAACAAAGUAACGCAACAAACAACUUCAAUGUUAUACAAACAAAUAAUAUUACAAACACCAAUAACAUGGCUUUAAAUGAUACUGGCAAAACCUCUGUACAUGAAUGUAAUUAUCCAUCUAUAAGAGUAGAAGAUAUUGCAGCAGAUAUUGAACCAAGUAUUGAUCACCAUGCAGAUUUAAAUUAUUCCCCUGUUAACUCACCAAGGUCUAUUGGCUUUAAGACUCCUAACACACAUCAAUCCUUGAAUCACAGAGAAACUCCAGAAAGAUCAGUACAGAAUAAAGAUCCUCUCAAUUUGGCUGAAGAGCUCAGUUUCUUUGAUGACCAGCCUGUUGCCAGCAGUAGUAUGAAUAUGUCUGUAAGACAUCCAUUGGCUAGCCCAUGGAGAGUAGAGUUUGGUAAUCUACCUAUUAAGUGGCCUAGUAAUGCCUAUGUCAAACCAAAUAUGACACCAGCUGUUGAAACUUCUUUCAUCAACCCUGAAGACUCAAUUAAUAAGAAGAAGCAUGUAUACACAAACAUGGUGCCUCAGACAAAUGAAAUGUUCACAGACAUAGCUGAUACUACACCUAAUCUAAAGCAGACUAGUAUAAUUUCAUUUAUAAAAGAAAUGGCAGAAAAGAGUGCUAAAAAGAAACGAGGGAGAUCUGUUUCACCAGCUAAGGCUAUUUAUCAGGAGAUUGAUGACAAUACUGCUGAAACUAAUAAGAAAUCUGGGAAGAAGGGAGUUGGUAAUAAAACACCUAACCCUGCAAUUAAUACAUCUGAUGAGGUUUCAAGUAGUGGUAAUGACACUUCUCAUGAUAAAGAAAAUUCUAAGGAGGAAAGAAAAAGUAGAAAACGUAAGAACAAUGAAAACAUUUGUGACUUACCUGCAAAAUCACCUCGAAAGCAAAAAGAUAAAGAUGGCACAUUCUUUGGUUUUGAUGAAAGUGAAGUUCAAGAUGAGAAUGUUUCUCCAGUCAAAAUAAAUAAUAAUCCCAGGAGUAGAUCAUUGAGGCCUAGAUCGAAAGCUGUGCUUCAAGAAAUCAAUGGUCCAACAAGAGCUGUGUUGCCAGUUGCUGCUAAGACAAAGAUAGCAACAGGUUCUGAGGCUGUAAAUAAAGUGUAUGAAGAGUUGAAGUCGCCUGCUGAUGCACCAGUCUUCCUAGAGAGGAAUGUCAAUGAAAAUGAAACAAAUGUUGCAGAUCCUUCAAUUAAUGAUGAUUCACAGUCUGUCCAUUUGUUUGAAGAUAUUGAAGUGGUACAUCAUUUGAAGCCUACACGCAAGAGCUAUGGGAAAGCCAAGAAAGUGACAUUCCGUCAGCGGUCCAACAGCACUUCUGACAGUGAGGUCCAAGUUCCUGUAGAGGAUCCUAAUGAAUCAACCGAUUAUGAUGAUUUGGGUGACCUGACCUUCGAUGUAUGUAAUGUAACGGAAAAGAAAGCCACUAAAAAGAGGAAGCCUAAGAAGCUAAUGUCUAAAAAGGAGGAAAAAGAAGCUGAGGCUUGGGCAGCAAACUUCAACUCAAUGUGUGAGGAUGUAGAAGAUUUCCCAUUACUUGUUGAGUAAAAUCGUAACUUUACAAAUCAUGAGAAUUAAAAUCUCAAAAUUAUUUCAUCUUAGUAAUUAUGUAAAUUAUUUGUAAGUUUAAAAUACUCAUUAUGAGAACAUACAACAACCCUUAGAACAUGUUAUUUCUAAUUUCAUUGGGAAAAAAGCAUAUUGUUAUUUCUUUAUGGCUAAAUCUCUCACUGUAAUUUUGUCAAAUAAUAUGUUGUUCCAGUAAAAAAAAAAUUUUUUGCAAAUUAAUAGGACCUAGAAUAUAAUUAAAAAAUAUAUAUUUUUGCAAAUUAAUAGUACCUAUUAAGGAUUCUUCAUGUUUAUUUUGUAAAUAGUCUGGAUUUAAUUUAUAUCAAACAUCAGAGUAAAUUCUGGAUAAUUACAAUUGAGUGUACCUCAAAACAGUUCAAUUUUUUAAUCAAGAGUUUUUAUCGUGGCCAUGUUUUUUGCCAUUUAAGUUUAAUUUCAUGACAUUUUAAACAUAGAUUAUAAGUUUGAUUAGAAUAAUAAUUUAAUUUAUACCUAUCAUUUGGUUAAAUAAAAGGAAACAGCUUUAACUAGAGAGUUACUUAAGCUGAGUUCUUUUAAUUUAAUAAAAAUCAUAAUUGCAAUUUUAAUUAUGAAGAGUUAUUAUUUUUAAGUUAAGAAUGGGACCAUAAUUAAGACUUAACUAAUGAUUUUAAAUGUAGCGAGACAGUUUUACCUCAAUUUAAGAAAACAUAAUUCUCAAAAUGUUAAUGUAUAGUUUUUAAUUUUAGAUUAAUGUGAGGUCCAUUUCAUUAUUUGUGUUAUUUUAUUUUUAUGCGCAAAUAGUUUAAAUUAUGUUUUGUACUUUACCCAUCUUUUCGUUUUCCAUUUCUGUUGUUCAGAUAUUUUUGUUUUCUUUCAAUUGGCUUAAUGCUGGCUGCUUUGCGUCUCGUCUACCCAUGUUUGCCCUAUGGACACAACUUAAGUUAAAUUAAAAACAUUUCUAACA